AAUAAAAUACCUUUCAUGACAAAAUUCUCUCAAAUCUCUCCAAAAAUGCCAAUUAAUUUAUUACAAUUUGGAAAAUCACAAGACUGUACAUUGCCCUCUCUCGUCUCUCUGUGUCUCUCAUUACAUGGAUCUUUGUCCUCUGUUUGUCUUGUUCUAAUCAUCUCCUCUGUAGAUUAAAAAAAAUUAGAAACAGGAGGACAAGAAGAACAAGAGAAGGAGGAGGAAAGGUAAUUCAAAAAGAAAAAAGAAAACGCUUUUGGUUCUAUCAAGUACGAAUUUUGAUCUUAACCCAUGUUUCUUCAGUCUCUUCCGAUUCGUAUCUAUUGCUUUCUCAGAUGUUCCCGGAAGUGUGUUUCUUGAAGCACCAUUGCGUUGAAAGAUUGGAAUAUCAAUUAGCAGCUUCAGUUAGUUAAAACAUUUGACUGCGAUGCAACGUCAUAAUAAUACCAUUGGUUCUGGUAACUCUGGCAUGAAUCAAGACAAUUCUUUCAUCAACAGGCCAAAUACAGUUGAAAAUCGUUUGUCAAAUUGUGUGGGUUCUAGUGAGCAGUCUUGUGUAAAUUCCAAUUCUCAUGAUGUUCAGAGCUUUAAUGGCUGGAAUUCAGAUGUACCUAGCUCGACCUUGAGUCUGCAAAAUCAGGUCAAUGAUGAUGGUACAAAAGGUGAAAAUGGUUGGUCGUCUUCUAUCAGUGCACAAUGUAGUACUGGUUUCCGGUCUGAAGAAAGGGCAUUAGGACCAACAAGUGCCCUCUUUCCAGAGAGAGACAGCAUUGGUUUUAGUGGCAGUCAGGUUAGGAGUGACCUGUUAUUCUUGCAUGGUUCCAGCUCAAAUCAUAGCCCGCAGAAUGUGACACAUGCGGCACAUAUAGGCAACAGUGGAAUCGGCUGGGAAGGUAUAGGGCCUAAUCUAUAUCGACGACACGGAGUAGAGACAGAACGGACAUCUUCUUCUUCUGCUCCUAAUAAUAUUGGGUCUUCUUCUGGAAGCUCCUGUUAUAGGGUUCAGGAAGGAAGUGGUAGCUCAGGUUCUUCUGGUGUGUUGGGUUCAUCCUGCAAGAGGAAGGCCCUUGAAGGUACUUCCAGUCAGCCUUAUCCUAGUGGAAGUCCAACCUUCUUUCCACAAGCUGAAAAUGAUGCAUGGCAUGCUGGUCCUCCUGGUCCCGCUGCCUUUCAUGAUGCUUCUAGCAGCUUGCGUUUAUCUACACACAUGCAAAGUUCCUCAACUUAUCUUCCUGAGCAGCUAAACCCUGGAAUUGGGGUUGGUAUGAGAGGAAUUGUUCCUGAUGGCUUUCCCUCUGCAAGUGGUUCCAGGAAUGUUGAAACUGCCUUGAGAAAUUUUGGAAGGAGAGUAAGCCCUAGCAGUAAUCUGGAACUACCAUUCAAUUUGUCUUCUGCUCGUGGUGCCAGGCAGUCUAAUGUCUCCCCUCAUCAAUCAUCAAGGCCUGUCUCAUUUAAUGAUUCUCUGGAUUUGAGAUCGAUGCCAGCGGCUUCUGCGAAUUUGAGUUCUCUCCAGAGCUCGCAUCCCGCUGUGUACAUUUCUGGUUCCUCAAGGAAUUUGCAUCCAUUCCCUUGGAAUGGAGCCUCUAAUCCUAGAGCUGACAAUUUAUCAAGUUCCUUUUUUCGUGGAGAGAGAGGUGCUGUAGCACAAGAAGAAGUGACCGUAAGAAACAUCUCUAGACCCACGCCAGAGCAUCCCAUGUUUGUACCUGCAUCUGAGGUGAGAAAUAUGGUCCAAGAUCCAGCAAGUUGGAAUAUGGCCUCUGGAAACUUGAACACAUCUGGAAAUGUUCCUUCAAGUUCUAGAAUUGGCUCCAGUUCAAGCAUCCAUCCUUUGCCUACUUCGUCACUGAUACAAAACCACAACUCCCUAGCACAUAACCAACAACGAUUGCUAGAAUUUUCUCCUUGGUCGUUGUUUCCUUCUUAUGAAGCUGAAUCUGGCGGUCUUGCUGCUCAUUUCUCUCCAUUAUCUUCCAGCCAUUCGGCUUCCUCGCAGGAUUCAGCAAUGUCAUCUGGUAUGGGUAGUCAGGACCAUCAUCAACCUAAUAGAAGGUCCAUGGAGAGACAAGGUGACAGUGUUCUUGGUAUGUUCCAUUCAUUGCAGGCUUUAGCUGCUGACAUCGAGGGGAGACGCCGGCUAACAUCUGAGAUUCAUCAAGUUUUGAAUACCAUGCUCAGUCGUGAAAAUGUUCAGCUCGAGGAUUAUAUAUCUUUUGACGAAUUCCUAUCUGGCCUGGCCGAGAUGCAUGAUAGGCACAGGGACAUGCGCCUCGAUGUAGACAACAUGUCAUAUGAGGAAUUGUUGGCUCUGGGGGAACGCAUCGGAGAUGUAAGUACUGGACUCAGUGAGGACACCAUUUGGAAGCUUAUGAAACAUCGAAAAUAUGUGUGUAUCACAGCGGAACCGCCAUCAGAUCUGGAACCCUGCUGUGUCUGUCAGGAGCCCUAUUUGAAUGGGGAUGAUAUCGGGAAUCUACCUUGUGGGCACGAGUUCCACACCAACUGUAUCAAAGAGUGGCUAAUGCGGAAAAACAUAUGCCCCAUCUGCAAAACACCAGCCCUGAAUCCAUGAGAGAGGUCAUCACUACUGCUAUGGCAUGAAAGCUUCUUUUUUUUUUUCUUCCUUUUAUUCAAAAACCAACUUUACUUGCUCAUGAACAGCAUAGCAGUGAUGGUCAUAAUUUGCUGCAUGAGUCAUAGAAAGGGAUUUUUUUUUUCUUCUUCCCAUAAAUUACUUGGAAUAUGCAAAAAAUAAUGCGAUGAUUAUGCAGACUGGAUAUUACAUUUGUGGCAUGAUCCAGUUUUCUGAAUGCCUGCAAUUAGCAGGAACAGAUUAAUAGAUAUGUGUUGGUUAUAUUUUGGUUUGGCUAAAA